AUGACUCGCUUAUGCUCUGCCGCCGCGCAGGCGCGGACACCGCGGUGGCUCACAUCGCGGCGCCAUGUAGCCCGGUUCUCGGCUUCAGCGCGCACGCACGACUACGCGGAUACGCUUCCUAAUCUUAGGAUCGGAGCGCAUACGAAUGUCUUGUUUCAGGGUUUCCCGGGCAGACAGUCGACUGCUAAUGUACGGGAGUCUCUGGCUUGGGGGACUAAGGUCGUUGGAGGCGUGAAGCAGAAUGCCAGGGGGGAGAACCUGGGGCUUCCUGUGUUUCAGUCCGUGAGGGAGGCACAACAGAACGUGAGGGUGGAUGCGUCUGCUGUGUACGUGCCUGGUGGGUCAGCUGCUGCGGCUAUCGAGGAGGCCAUUGAGGCGGAAGUGCCGCUGAUUGUGGCCGUUGCAGAGCAUGUUCCAAUCCAUGACAUGCUACGAGUGCACUCAAUGCUCAAAACCCAGUCAAAGACAAGGCUGGUCGGGGCUAAUUGCCCUGGUAUCAUCUCGGUGACGGGUAGAUGUCGGAUCGGCUUCCAGCCUCUACCAUGCUUCUCUCCCGGGAAGAUUGGUAUUGUGGCCAAGUCGGGGACACUGAGCUAUGAGGCUGCUGCGUCCACGACACGGGCAGGCUUAGGACAGACUCUUUGUAUCAGUAUGGGAGGCGAUGUGCUGGCGGGAACGAACUUUGUCGACGCCCUGAGGACCUUCGAAAGUGACCCUGAGACGGAAGGGAUCGUUUUGGUCGGGGAGAUUGGUGGCACAGCGGAGAUGGAUGCUGCCAGUUGGAUCCGGGAUUAUCAUCGGAGGGCCACCAAUCCUAAACCCAUUAUGGCCCUGGUUGGAGGCCAACAUGCGCCCUCGGGGCGCGUCAUGGGCCAUGCAGGUGCCUGGACAUCCCCUGGAGAACCUGAUGCGAAAGCCAAGUAUCAGGCGCUCGAAAGUGCUGGGGCGGUUAUGGUGAACCAUCCGGAGAAGUUUGGGGAGGCCAUGAAGACUCUUCUAAAGAAUCGAGCACUCGGUCAAAGUGCUAAUUUCACCAAGGGCGUAAGCCAACAAAGGGGCUUUCACACAAUGCGGAGGGUUUCUCUAGACCCUUGCCACAAAGCGGUACAGCAGCAGCAGCAGAUCCGGAGCCUCUAUGUGAAAUCGUUCCAGGCUCUUGAUAUGCUCCGCGCGAAAUCCGUCGCUGCCAAUGAGGCCGCUCCAUCGGAUGCAGACUUCUUCCUGACUUUGACUGUUGACAGGACGGCAUUGUCUCCGUGCGUGCUUGCUUCGUCGACCGCCGAUUUCGAACCUGAAAAGACCGGCCGGUUUCCAUUUGCCUACGAGCACACGAGCCUUGACAGCGCAAGCCCACUGAUCAAGGCUGUUGCCUCUCACCUACGGCUCCCUUCCACGGCACAAGAGAAGCUGGCUCAGAUCGUGCAGGCGCUGUGGCAGAUCUUCACGGAGAAGGAGGCGUACCUCCUGGAAAUCCGCGCCAACGCUACAGAUGUGCUUGAGGUGCGAGCAGCCCGCUUUGGCUUCGACGAUGCCGCGUUCCGAAGCUCGGGGCGUCAGGAAGAUAUACAAAGCUUGAGAGACCCUGCGGAGGAGGUGCCCGAGGAAGUCCUGGCCGAGAAGGAUGGUAUCGUCUACGUUAAGCUUGACGGGGAGGGAAGUAUCGGGACACUAGUCAAUGGGGCCGGACUGGCGAUGAACACCGUGGACGCGCUGACGAUGCAUGGCGGCCAUUGCGCCAAUUUCCUGGACACAGGAGGCAAGGCGACGUCAGCGACGGUGAAAGCGUCGUUUCAGAUCAUCCUGUCGGACCCGCGAGUCAAGGCGAUCUUCGUAAACAUCUUCGGCGGACUGACGCGGUGCGAUAUGAUUGCGGAGGGGAUCCUGCUGGCGUUCCAGGAUCUGGACGUUCGCAUCCCGUUGGUGGUGCGGCUGCGGGGGACAAAUGAAAGAGAGGGGCAGCGAAUGAUCGCAGAGAGUGGACUCCCGCUGGAGGCAUUUGACGAGUUCGAAGCAGCGGCGAAAAGGGUGAUAGAGCUGGCGCAAAGAUAGACACGAAUCAUGCCAUGCUGUAAAGAGAUAAAUCCGUCAGAGCCAGCUUUUACAUCAGAAACACAGGUCCUGUAUAGAGAGCGCAAUUAGAU